AUGUAUACAUUAUACUGCUUACUUUUGCAACACAAAUCACAGGUUGAAGUAUUGCAAAACUUACCGUCAUAUAAAAAAUAUGAAAAUUUUGAUAAUGUAGACAUUGCAAAUGAAAAAAGUAGUCAUUGUAAUGACCUAGGAAGUACAGAUGAAGGGGAUAAAAAGCUUUGUAAGAAGAUAGUACAAAAUUUAAGCCAAUUAUCUGCAUUAAAGGAUGAUGAGAAUCUUAAAAAUAGUUGUUAUUACUUUCAACAUUGGUUCUUUGAUAAUAUAGCGAAAAAAUAUUAUAAUGGAAAUGAAAGAGGUAAUAAUUACCCUGUUGCUGGGAAACUUUUUAAUAUAGUAUCAACAAUUACUUCAGUAUUACCUAAAAUGGAACCAUGCAAAUGUUAUGAAUCUGGUUCUCCUGAUGUUUGGAAAGAAGAGAAAUAUUUUCACGACUAUUUUGAAAAUCACAAAGACAUUCAAUGCAAAAAUUCUGACAAACAGAGAUGCGAAAAAUAUGUGCAAUUUGUUACUUAUAUUAAAAGUCUAUUCCCCCCCAAAGAAGAUAAAUGUUGUGAUGAAGAAGAGUUAUGGGAUGAAGGGUAUUGUCAUCAUUAUUUCAAAUGUGAAAGUACCUACAAUCCGAAAGAUUUAUUAACAAAAUUACAAAAAGAACUUGAGUUAGCAGAAAAAAGAACAGAGGCGCCACGUGAAGGAGGUGCACGUGCAGUAGAAGCUGGUAAAGCGUUAGGAAGUGGAGGGGAAGAACGAGAAAAGAAGACACAUGAAGAUGAAGUAAGUGCAGAAGCAACGGGAAAGGAAUCAAAAGAAAAGUUAGUAGCUGGAGAAGUACCUAAGGAAAAAGGAGCAGAUUCCCCAGCACAAUCUGCACCGGAAAAAAAUGUAGCAGUAAAAUCAACAGUACCCGAAUCUGUAGGGUUGAAACCUGGUGGAUUAGAAUCUAGAGAAGAAAAAGCUAAACCAGCAAAACCCGUAGCGGCAAAACCUGCAACGGCAAUGCCAACACCGCCAGAACUUGCACCUGUGAAACCUGCACCUGCAAAACCCGUAGCAGCAAAGGUAACACCGGAAGAACCUGUACAGAAAGUACCUGAACCAAAAGUAUCUGUACCGCCAGAACCUGAGCGGAAAGUAUCUCCACCGGAAGUACCUGAACAGGAAGUUGUUGAAACGGUAGAUACUUUGGAACACGAAGAAACUAUGAGUCCCCGGCAAAUGGAGAGUGCUGAACAGAGUGUUCAUGAAGUAUCAUCUUAUACUACAGAGCUUGCUAACAACGUAGUUCCUCUAACAAUUGCAGAUUCCACUAAUACAUUAGGGACUACACAUGAAGAGCUGGAUUCAAAUUUUUUUCGUAACGUCAUCAUGGCCAUUGCAGUACUUGGAACGAUUUUCUUCCUUUUCUACUACAACAGGGUAAUUGCACAUCAUACUUUAUGA